AUGUGGUUCAAAACAAACAUUAUUGUGAUCAUAUAUUUCAUUAUUAUUCUAAAUGCCAAAGAAAUAGAUGUUAAUAGAGAAAAACGUUCGGAUGGUGGUGGACAUUUAAGUAUCAAAGAUUUGAUAAAUGCUGAGCGAAUGCGUAAUCAAUACCAUCGUUUUUUGGAUGGUCAAUUGAAAUGGUUUGAUAAGAAUGAAUUAUAUAAUUUGGAUCGUAUUGAAAUGCUAAUAAAAGAGCAAAAUAAAUUUGAUCAACCAUUAAUUCCUACACCAACAAAGAAAGCGACAAUAAGUCGACUUUGUGGUACAAAAUUAGUAGAAGCAGUGAUCAAAAUGUGCAAUGGUUGUGUGAAACCUGUCGGUGGUAAAGCUGUUACUGUUAAACGAUGUAAGUUCAAAUUUUCAUUCAUCAUUUUUUUUUUUAUAACUUCAAUACAAUUUAAUGAUUUGUAG